AAUAUUAGAUCCCUUUCUUCAAAAGCACUUUUUGUAAAUGAUAUGUUCACUGACCAUAAACUAGAUGUGCUUUGUCUGACAGAAACCUGGCUAAAACAAGAUGAUUACAUUACUUUAAACGAGUCUACACCACAAGAUUACUGUUACAAACAUGAACCGCGUCCAAAAGGUAAAGGGGGAGGUGUUGCUACAAUUUAUAGAAAUAUUUUCAGUAUCUCUCAGAGGUUGGGUUUCAAGUAUAAUUCGUUCAAAAACAAGUGUUAAUGAUAAAUCCCUGUGAUGUUUGUACUGGCUACUGUAUACAGGCCACCAGGGCACCAUACAGACUUUAUUAAAGAAUUUUCUGAUCUUCUAUCGGAGUUAGUGCUGACUGCAGAUAAAGUCCUAAUCGUUGGUGAUUUUAAUAUCCAUGUUGAUAAUGAAAGAGAUUCGUUGGGAUCAGCAUUUAUAGACAUUCUAAACUCAAUUGGUGUUAAACAACACGUGUCAGGACCUACUCAUUGUCGAAAUCAUACUCUAGAUUUAAUACUGUCACAUGGAAUUGAUGUCAGUGGCGUUGAAAUUUUGCAGCAGAGCGAUGAUAUCUCAGAUCAUUAUCUAGUCUCCUGUAUAUUCCAUAUAGCUAAAGCUGUAAAGCCAACUUCUUGUUACAAAUAUGGUAGAACCAUUACCUCUACCACAAAAGACUGCUUUAUAAAUAAUCUUCCUGACUUAUCUCAGUUCCUCAGCAUAUCCAAUAGCUCAGAACAACUUGAUGAUGUAACAGGAACUAUGGACUCUCUUUUCUAGCACUUUAGAUGCGGUUGCUCCUUUACGCUUAAGGAAGAUUAAGGAUAAGAGUCCAACACCGUGGUAUAAUGAGCACACUCGCGCCCUAAAG